GGGCCAGCCUGGCCGCCAUACAGGUCUGGAAUUUUCCUUGCAGCUGCGAUUGGCCUUUGUACAGCAUUCAGUUUCAACCUGCGAGAAGAACAGAAGUGAAAAGCCCAGCUCCGUUGCCGUGCGAUUGAAAAAGUGAUUAAUAUUUAAUUUGACCAAGUGCUGAGCGUUAAAUAAUUGUGUGUUGAGAAAAGUGUUUAAUACAGUGAAGGAUGCAGAUCUUCGUGAAGACGCUGACUGGCAAGACCAUCACGCUGGAGGUCGAGCCAUCGGACACGAUCGAGAACGUGAAGGCUAAGAUCCAGGACAAGGAGGGUAUUCCUCCAGAUCAGCAGCGUUUGAUCUUCGCCGGAAAGCAGCUGGAGGAUGGUCGUACUCUGUCCGACUACAACAUCCAGAAGGAGUCGACCCUUCACUUGGUCCUCCGUCUGCGUGGAGGUAUGCAGAUCUUCGUGAAGACGCUGACUGGCAAGACCAUCACGCUGGAGGUCGAGCCUUCGGACACGAUCGAGAACGUGAAGGCUAAGAUCCAGGACAAGGAGGGUAUUCCUCCAGAUCAGCAGCGUUUGAUCUUCGCCGGAAAGCAGCUGGAGGAUGGUCGUACUCUGUCCGACUACAACAUCCAGAAGGAGUCGACCCUUCACUUGGUCCUCCGUCUGCGUGGAGGUAUGCAGAUCUUCGUGAAGACGCUGACUGGCAAGACCAUCACGCUGGAGGUCGAGCCGUCGGACACGAUCGAGAACGUGAAGGCUAAGAUCCAGGACAAGGAGGGUAUUCCUCCAGAUCAGCAGCGUUUGAUCUUCGCCGGAAAGCAGCUGGAGGAUGGUCGUACUCUGUCCGACUACAACAUCCAGAAGGAGUCGACCCUUCACUUGGUCCUCCGUCUGCGUGGAGGUAUGCAGAUCUUCGUGAAGACGCUGACUGGCAAGACCAUCACGCUGGAGGUCGAGCCAUCGGACACGAUCGAGAAUGUGAAGGCUAAGAUCCAGGACAAGGAGGGUAUUCCUCCAGAUCAGCAGCGUUUGAUCUUCGCCGGAAAGCAGCUGGAGGACGGUCGUACUCUGUCCGACUACAACAUCCAGAAGGAGUCGACCCUUCACUUGGUCCUCCGUCUGCGUGGAGGUAUGCAGAUCUUCGUGAAGACGCUGACUGGCAAGACCAUCACGCUGGAGGUCGAGCCGUCGGACACGAUCGAGAACGUGAAGGCUAAGAUCCAGGACAAGGAGGGUAUUCCUCCAGAUCAGCAGCGUUUGAUCUUCGCCGGAAAGCAGCUGGAGGAUGGUCGUACUCUGUCCGACUACAACAUCCAGAAGGAGUCGACCCUUCACUUGGUCCUCCGUCUGCGUGGAGGUAUGCAGAUCUUCGUGAAGACGCUGACUGGCAAGACCAUCACGCUGGAGGUCGAGCCUUCGGACACGAUCGAGAACGUGAAGGCUAAGAUCCAGGACAAGGAGGGUAUUCCUCCAGAUCAGCAGCGUUUGAUCUUCGCCGGAAAGCAGCUGGAGGAUGGUCGUACUCUGUCCGACUACAACAUCCAGAAGGAGUCGACCCUUCACUUGGUCCUCCGUCUGCGUGGAGGUAUGCAGAUCUUCGUGAAGACGCUGACUGGCAAGACCAUCACGCUGGAGGUCGAGCCGUCGGACACGAUCGAGAACGUGAAGGCUAAGAUCCAGGACAAGGAGGGUAUUCCUCCAGAUCAGCAGCGUUUGAUCUUCGCCGGAAAGCAGCUGGAGGAUGGUCGUACUCUGUCCGACUACAACAUCCAGAAGGAGUCGACCCUUCACUUGGUCCUCCGUCUGCGUGGAGGUAUGCAGAUCUUCGUGAAGACGCUGACUGGCAAGACCAUCACGCUGGAGGUCGAGCCUUCGGACACGAUCGAGAACGUGAAGGCUAAGAUCCAGGACAAGGAGGGUAUUCCUCCAGAUCAGCAGCGUUUGAUCUUCGCCGGAAAGCAGCUGGAGGACGGUCGUACUCUGUCCGACUACAACAUCCAGAAGGAGUCGACCCUUCACUUGGUCCUCCGUCUGCGUGGAGGUAUGCAGAUCUUCGUGAAGACGCUGACUGGCAAAACCAUCACGCUGGAGGUCGAGCCGUCGGACACGAUCGAGAACGUGAAGGCUAAGAUCCAGGACAAGGAGGGUAUUCCUCCAGAUCAGCAGCGUUUGAUCUUCGCCGGAAAGCAGCUGGAGGACGGACGCACCUUGUCCGACUACAACAUCCAGAAGGAGUCGACCCUUCACUUGGUUCUUCGACUUCGCGGGGGAAACUGAGUCGAACGAACUGAAACAUCGAUACGGCUUCAUUUUCUUUGCGGGACGUCUAAAUUCAUCUCACCUCCUAAAUUAUGUACCUCACCAUCUGUUCUGUGUGCUUAAUGCAGUUUGAUAGAGAUUGUAUGAGGAAGGAUGUGAGAAGUAUAGAGAUAAUUCCAAUAAAAGAAGUGGCAUGAGUUAGAA